GAAGUGGGCAGGCUGUGCUUGAACUGGAAUGUAUAACUAACUUUCUCUCGAGGAAAGGCCUUAUUUCAUCAGUCGCCGUUACUGUAAACAGCUCUGAAGAAUAACGGGUCCGAAUAUGAAAGGAGUUCUGGCUUUUCUCGCGUGUUUGUUUGCGUCCUUUCCCCCGCUGCACUGUAAUCAGCAGGGCUCGAUCCCCGAGGGAGAUCUUCUAGUGCUGACUGUAGCCACGCAGGAGACUGAUGGAUUCAGACGGUUUUUGAGAUCGGCUAAACACUUCAAUUACACCAUCAAGGUUCUCGGACGGGGUGAAACAUGGAGAGGUGGGGACUACAUGACAGCUCCAGGUGGAGGACAGAAAGUGCGCCUGCUGAAAUCUGCACUGGAGGACAUCCAGGAGGAGAAAAAAGUCAUUCUUUUUGUGGACAGCUAUGACUUGAUUUUUUCUUCUGGCCCUAAAGAGCUGCUGAAGAAGUUUCAGCAGGCCAAACACAAAGUAGUGUUCUCCGCCGAGACUCUGAUCUGGCCAGACCGUCACCUAGAGGACAAACAUCCUCAUGUCAGGGAAGGGAAGAGGUUUCUUGGAGCAGGAGGCUUCAUCGGCUAUGCAGCAAACCUUAAAAAGAUGCUUUCUGACUGGUCAGGAGCUGACAGUGACAGCGACCAGCUCUUUUACACAAAGAUAUACAUCAACAAAGAAAAAAGAAAGUCUAUAAAUAUAACUCUGGACAGCAAGUGCAGAUUGUUCCAGAACCUUCAUGGAGCUCUUGACGAGGUUGUGCUGAAGUUUGAAGAUGGACGUGUGCGAGCCAGGAAUGUGCUUUAUGACACUCUGCCUGUUAUUAUUCAUGGAAACGGACCCACAAAACUUCAGAUAAACUACCUAGGGAACUACAUUCCGAAUCUGUGGACAUUUGAGACUGGCUGCACAAUGUGUAAUCAGGAUCGGCGGCUGCUUUCCGGACUGCAGGAAAGUGAAUAUCCUGUGGUGGUCAUUGGGAUCUUCAUCCAACAGCCCACACCCUUCGUCACUGUCUUCUUUGAGCGUUUAUUUAACCUCAAAUACCCCAAAAACAGACUCAAACUCUUCAUUUAUAAUCAGGAAACACAUCAUGAACAGCAUGUACAUGCAUUUCUGGAUUCUCACAAGUCUGAAUAUCAGGGUGUGAAGCUGAUUGGACCAGAGGAGGACAUUGAUCCCGUGUCCUUACGUAACAUUGGCUUUGAUAUGUGCCGAGACGACAUUGACUGUGAAUACUUCUUCAGCAUAGAUGUGGAUGUGGUUUUAAAGAACGAAGACACACUUAGAAUCCUAAUCGAGUACAACAAGCCUUUUAUUGCACCAAUGCUGACCAAACCCGGGCGACUGUGGACGAACUUCUGGGGUGCUCUCAGUGCAGACGGUUUCUACGCCCGCUCAGAGGAUUACGUGGACAUUGUUCAGGGACACCGCGUGGGUUUGUGGAAUGUGCCGUACGUCUCUCACAUAUUCCUGAUAAAAGCAGACACACUGAGGACUGACCUCAAAGAUCCAGACCUGUUCAAGUCUGCAACACUGGACCCAGAUAUGGCCUUCUGUGAAAAAAUACGAAACAAGGGCGUCUUUAUGUUUGUGACAAAUAUGGAUACUUUCGGUCGAGUUUUAUCAACCGACAAUUACCAGACGAACCACUUGCACAAUGAUCUCUGGCAGAUCUUUGAAAAUCCUGUGGAAUGGGAGGAAAGAUACAUUCAUCCAAAUUAUUCCAGAGUUUUAAAAGACGAAUUUGUAGAAACACCAUGUCCUGACGUGUACUGGUUCCCCAUUUUCUCUGAAGUGGCCUGCGACCAUCUUGUUGAGGAGAUGGAAAACUUUGGCCAGUGGUCUGGAGGAGCAAAUACGGACAAUAGGAUUCAAGGAGGAUAUGAAAAUGUGCCCACAAUCGAUAUCCACAUGAAUCAGGUGGGCUAUGAGAAAGAAUGGCAGAAGUUUCUUUUGGAUUACAUAGCUCCAGUCACGGAGAAGAUGUUUCCAGGGUAUUACACAAGGGCUCAGUUUGAUCUGGCGUUUGUAGUUCGUUAUAAACCUGAUGAACAGCCUGCAUUAAGACCACACCAUGACGCCUCCACUUUCACCAUCAAUAUCGCUCUCAAUAAUGUCGGAAUUGACUUUCAGGGUGGAGGCUGUCGGUUCUUGAGGUACGACUGCUCCAUUAGGUCUCCCAGGAAGGGCUGGGCUUUCAUGCACCCGGGACGCCUCACACACUACCACGAGGGUCUGCCCACCACCGAGGGGGUCCGAUACAUCGCCGUCUCCUUUGUGGACCCUUAAACUUGUGUUUAAUAGACUUUUGAAUUGAGAAGACUGAAUUGAGCAAAGUGCCUUACAUUUCUGAAUACGCCAGUGUGUAUAUGUCCCAUGUUUUGUUUUUUUGUUAGGCAUAUCUUGAUACUUUUUUGACUGAUGAAUGUCGAAAGCAUUUUGACAGAUCGCUAUGCAAUGCCGUUUUACUCAAUUAUUUAUUGUCAUGUAUCGAAGGGAUAUUUUUUUCCAUACAGAUGACUUCUACGCUGUAACUGUCUUUGCUUUGACAUUCACAAGUUUGAGUUUAUAUUUUUUUGAUGCCACACAAGCAAUCGGUGCUGUCGUUUGAAAACAGUCUGUGGUUUGUUUUCUAACUGCUUGAUGUUGCUUGUUUAGAGAUUUAUGUUCUUGUUUUGUUAAUGGAUUCGUCGUCAUGUCAUGAAUUUUGGAGGAAAACACAAUAAAAAUGAGGAAAAAAAAGA